AUACUCACGAUUUAUAUUUAGACCAUGCGUUCACAUUCUCUAUAUAUCUCUCUCUUUUAAAUUUAAACCCAAACUCAAAAUUCGAAAAGUAUCAAAAAAUCCUUAUGGAUCGGUCGUCGAGCGUGAAGAAGAAGACGGACGGAGACGAGGCGGAGAGGAGCAUCGCGGCGCCACAGCAGCAAGAGCGGGGCGAGGAUGAGUCGGUGGAGAGGAUUUUCGAGAGCAAGGAGGUGCCGUCGUGGCAGAGGCAGCUGACGCUGCGGGCGUUCGUGGUCAGCUUCAUUCUCGCCAUUCUCUUCACCUUCAUCGUGAUGAAGCUGAAUCUGACGACCGGGAUCGUCCCUUCGCUCAACGUCUCGGCCGGCCUCCUCGGAUUCUUCUUCGUCAAGACGUGGACCAAAUUCCUCGAGAAAUCCGGCUUUCUCAAGCAGCCCUUUACCAGGCAGGAGAACACCGUCAUUCAGACCUGCGUCGUCGCCUCCUCCGGCAUCGCCUUCAGCGGAGGCUUUGGAAGCUACCUUUUUGGUAUGAGUGAAGUUAUCGCCAAACAAACAACCGAAGAUAAUAACCCUCAGAAUAUUAAGAAUCCUCAACUUUCAUGGAUGAUUGGGUUCCUAUUCGUCGUUAGCUUUUUGGGACUCUUCGCUGUUGUACCUCUUCGGAAGAUAAUGAUCAUUGAUUUCAAACUCACUUAUCCAAGUGGUACUGCAACUGCUCAUCUCAUCAACAGCUUUCACACUCCUCAGGGAGCCAAGCUAGCUAAGAAACAAGUAAGAACUUUGGGGAAGUUCUUCUCCUUCAGCUUCCUCUGGGGUUUCUUCCAGUGGUUUUUCACUGCAGCAGAUGAUUGCGGAUUCGUGAAUUUCCCUACAUUUGGCCUUAAAGCUUAUGAUAACAAGUUCUACUUUGAUUUCUCUGCAACAUAUGUUGGUGUCGGUAUGAUAUGUCCGUAUCUCAUCAACGUAUCGCUGCUGGUUGGCGCUAUCCUGUCGUGGGGCAUUAUGUGGCCGCUCAUUAACAACCGGAAGGGCGACUGGUACUCUGCAGACUAUCCAACCAGCAGCCUUCAUGGCUUGCAAGGUUACAAGGUCUUCAUUGCCAUCGCCAUGAUUCUUGGCGACGGCCUCUACAACUUCGUUAAGGUUCUAGGUCGGACCUUAUUCGGGUUGUACCACCAACUACGCAGCAAAAGUGCAGCUCAAGACCUCCCGGUAGGUGGCAACACCCACACACCUCCUACUCUAUCGUACGAUGAUCAGCGUAGAAUCCAACUUUUUCACAAGGACCAAAUCCCUACUUGGGUUGCCAUUGCUAGCUACAUCACAAUUGCCGUAAUAUCUACUAUUAUUAUUCCUCACAUCUUCACCCCUCUAAAAUGGCACUACAUUGUGGUGAUAUACAUAUUCGCACCCGCACUAGGCUUCUGCAAUGCCUACGGAAUGGGCCUUACUGAUUGGUCGUUGGCUUCGACUUAUGGGAAGUUGGCGAUAUUUGUGAUCGGGGCGUGGGUUGGAGCUUCUCGCGGGGGUGUUCUGGCUGGUCUGGCUGCGUGUGGUGUGAUGAUGAACAUCGUGUCAACUGCCUCAGACCUGACGCAGGACUUCAAGACCGGGUACAUGACCCUGGCGUCUCCACGGUCUAUGUUCGUGAGCCAGAUAAUUGGUACUGCUAUGGGCUGCGUGAUCUCACCGUGUGUGUUCUGGCUCUUCUACAAGGCCUUUGAUGAUCUCGGGGUGAGUGGAUCGCAGUAUCCUGCUCCUUAUGCAGCCAUCUACCGCAACAUAGCGAUCUUGGGAGUGGACGGAACUUCAUCCCUGCCCAAGAACUGCCUCACGUUGUGCUACGUGUUCUUCGCUGGGGCGGUUGUGAUCAAUGCUAUCCGGGACGCGUUGGGGCCGAGAUGGGCGAGGUUCAUUCCCAUACCUAUGGCUAUGGCGAUCCCGUUCUAUCUCGGGGGAUAUUUCACCAUCGAUAUGUGUGUUGGGAGCUUGAUUCUUUUUGUCUGGGAGAGGAUCGACAAGGUGAAGGCGGAUGCAUUUGGGCCCGCGGUGGCUUCUGGACUGAUAUGCGGAGACGGGAUAUGGACGCUGCCGAGCUCGCUGCUGGCUUUGGGGGGCGUGAAGCCGCCUAUUUGCAUGAAGUUUCUGUCGAGAACAGCAAACGCAAGGGUUGACACGUUCUUGUAUGCUAGCUAAGCAUGUGUUUGUUUUGAGGCUUCAUCUAUUUGUUUACACUUUGCACAAUCGUAGUGUUUCUUGUUUUUGGAAAUGUGUAUAUAGAUAAGCAUAUAAUUUACUUAUUCAGAUAUAAGUAACUCAGUCAAAUGGGAGUACUUGUUCCAAA